GUCUUAGGAGCAUUUGAAAAAAGAAGUUUAGCUUUGCUUUUCCUUUCGGUAUUGUUGGUACGUGUUCCUUUUCUUAAAAACACAUUUUACUUGUUUUACUUCCUUUCUUUGUUCGCGAUAGCUUGAUUUUGGACUACUAUGUCUCUCUAGAUUAUGUUAUGUUUUAAACAAACUUGGGUGAUUAUGUCUCUCCCGAUUAUGUUCUGGGAAGCAUCGGUAAGUCUGCGUUUUCUGGUUUAGGAUUAACCUCUUCACUCCUCAUCUCAGUUCCUUGAAUUUAUAAAUUUAGUACUCUUCCUCCGCCUUUUGGACUAAAAGAAUAGUUAGACCAACCUACUAAAAGAAUAGUUAGACCAGUCUUAAUGAAAACUUAUUAAGAAGUGUUUAAAAAAAAUUUCUUAUUUUAUUUUAUGGAUGUCUUAACUCAAAAAAGUAUUUUAUUUUAGACACUAUUUUUUUAUUUACUUUUAUUACUAAGACAUUUUACUUUAGACAUAUAAAGUUUUCUUUUGGAGUUGCUUUUAGUUAAUGUAAGGCUAAUUUUUGUGUGGAAAUACAGAGGUUUUUUUGUUGAAUUCAAGUUUUUUUUUUUGUUAAGUUGUUUUUUUUUGAAGUUCUAGAAAUUUCUGCUUAAUAUUCCACUGUAUACAUAUAUUUUACUAUAAAUAUUACUGAAAUUUAGAUUAAAGACAAGAGAAAAAAAUUAAAAACAAGGCGAUAUCAUUGCCACAUACUCCCUCCGUUUUUUAAUAUUAGAUGUUUUAUAACUUUUUUCUUUUAAAAUAUAUAUAAAAUUUUCAGAAAUCAAUGCAAAAAUUAUUUAUAAAUGACUUGUUUUAUCUUUACAUUAAUUGAUAACUAAAUAAUAACAAAAAGGUUAUAAUAAACAUUUUUUAGUUUUUUUAUAAACUAAAACUGAGGGAGUAUUGAAAAGUCAGUGUAAGUGGUUAUUGUUUAUUUGAAGGGAGAAUCGAAAGAUAAAGAGAGAACAAAACGAGAUGAAAAUUAUAUAUUUUCUUCUCUCUAUACUCUAUUUGUACCCCUUUCCUUCUACACUUCGAUGGUUCGUUUGAAGAAAGAAAACCCUUUGUUUUACAAAUCUCCCUCCUUUUUUUUCCCGUUAGUCUCGCCAUCAAUCGCGACUCUCCGAAACCUCAAAACCCUUCUAAAGAUGAAACCUUUUGUUUCAAUUCAAAGAGCGUGAAUCAACUCGAUUCGAACCGACAUCAUUCUCCUUCAGUUUAUAAAAUCUUGGAGGCUUUUUUUAAAAAAGAAAAAAGCAAUUUGUAGGUUUGGUGCGCGACAGAGUGUGAUGGGUACUCGUGGGGACGAAGAAGACGAAGAUUGCUUCUUUGAUGCUCAUGCUCCUGAAGAAGAAGAAGAAGAAGAAGUAGAUGUAUCAUCUGUUUCCCGGGAAUUUGGAAGUUUACAUCUCUGGACCAACAACCCUGACAGUGUUUCUAAUCGACGGCGUAAGUUUUUCCAAUCUAUGGGGUUUAGUUUCAAAAAGGCCGCAGGAGACGUUUCCUUGGACUCCGAUGAAGAUGAACUUGAACCGCCGCAAUCUCAACUUUCAAGUUCAGACUCGGUGGACGGCUCUUCUGGUGAAAGAGUGGAGGAGGUGGAUUUGGUGUUGUCGAGGAACGAUUCCUCUGGAUUUGAUCGAUGCUCUGUUUCUUCAUCCGAUGAUCAAGCCUUGUUGUCCAGGAACGAGUCCAGUAGUAGUAGCAGUAGUUUGCCUGAAGGAUUGAGUGAAUCCGGUUCAGGCAGAUCCGGUAGCUUUGGCGAUAUUCACAGCUCUCUAUCGAAGAAAGGGGCACAGUCUUGGUUAAAGAAGCUUGGUGUUUUGACACAUGUCCUUGAGUCUGGAGACUGUGAAUCAGUGGGGUCGCCGUUGAAGCGAAUGGCCCGAGUUCAGGCAUACAAAAAGCAGUUCAAGGAGCUCUCGGCUCUGUGUGUUGACCAAGAGUUUGCAGCGCAUGAUGGCUCCAUCUUAGCCAUGAGGUUCUCUCCUGAUGGGAAAUACAUUGCAACCGCUGGUGAAGACUGCGUUGUUCGAGUGUGGUGCACAGUCGAGGAAGAGAGAACGGACAAGUAUGAAGUAGCUGAGGUCGAUUCUGGUGUGUACUUUGGGAUGGAUCAACAGUCUCAGAUUGAGCCUCUGAAUAUGAUGAGCACUGAGAAAACAGAGAAGAAGAUGACAAGUUUUUUGAGGAAAUCAUCCGACUCAACCUGCGUUGUGUUACCCUCUAAGAUCUUCGGUAUAUCGGAGAAACCUCUGCACGAGUGGAGAGGACACACCGGUGAGAUCUUGGAUCUUUCCUGGUCGGAGAAAGGGUAUCUCCUGUCAUCUUCUGUGGACGACACUGUUCGCUUAUGGAGAGUAGGCUGUGAUGAAUGUCUCAAAACUUUCUCUCAUAACAAUUUCGUGACUUGUGUGGCAUUCAACCCUGUGGAUGAUAACUACUUUAUAAGCGGAUCGAUAGAUGGGAAAGUCCGUAUAUGGGAUGUAACCCGUUGUCGGGUUGUCGACUACACAGAUAUAAGAGACAUUGUAACGGCUGUGUGCUAUCGUCCAGAUGCAAAGGGUGCAGUAAUAGGUUCCAUUACAGGGAGCUGUCGCUUCUACCGCAUCCUCGAGAAUCAGCUGAAGAUGGAUAGAGAGAUCAAUUUACAUGGAAAGAAGAAGGUUCCAAGCAAAAGGAUCACUGGUCUAGCGUUCUUUCCCAAUGACUCGGAGAAAGUAAUGGUUACUUGUGCUGAUUCACAGAUUCGAAUCAAUGCGUCUGUAGCUUUACCUUGGCUCAGACAGGAAAACCGGAACAGCCUGAGCGAGUGCAUCACAUGUUUGGAGCAGAAGCUAGGGAGAGUGGACUGCUGUUUCUCGCCAACGAAAGGGUCCACAACGUGGCCUGAGGAGGAGCUGGAAGAAGCUGCAACAACAAUGAGCAGCAGAGGGGAAAUGUUGAAGCUCGUGAGGAGCGCAUGGCAGCCACACAUGUGGGGGCUUGUGAUAGUGACAGGGACUUGGGAUGGAAGGAUCAGAGUAUUCAACAACUAUGGCUUGCCGAUUCGGGUCUAA